UUGGCCCGUUCGCCACUGCCGCAAAAGAAACGCUGCCAAGAACAGCGCGCGUGCGUCGCGCGACCGCGUGCUCCGCAAAGACGCCGUUCCUUCCACACCUAAGAGGCGCUCUGCUCUUUUUUUUUUUUUUUUCUCGUCGUACGCAUACACGAAGAACACACUCACGUGUGCCUACACGAAGAUUCCAACGCACACCGCUCGUCAUGAGGCUCGCCUCGAUUCAGCUGUGCUGCCUUUUGGCUACGCUAUUCAUCCAGCCCGGCGACGCGGAAGACGUGGCUCCAGCAAUACAGCAAAUAAUCGCCUCCACCAAGGUGAACGCCGGCGAGAAGGCGACCGCGGCGUGCCUACUGAAGCGAGGUUCCGAGCCCCUGACGUUUCAGUGGCUGAGAAGCAGCGUGGACGCGUCGCUGUUGCCCCACGUGAGGGUGAUGCGCUUCGAGGACACCCUGCUGCUGGUCGUGGACCCCGCCAGCGCGGAGUCCUCGGGAAACUACGCCUGCGCAGCGAGAAACGCGUUCGGAAGCGACGUCCAGACGGUGCACAUCGAGGUGUCAGUUCCACCGGAAUGGAAGAAAGUUCCCGGGGACACUGAAGUCCGGGAGGGCUACAACAGGAGCUUCCAGUGCAUCGCGUUCGGCUCCCCAAAGCCAAAUGUCACGUGGUCCAAAAAGGAAGAAUCACGCGAUGGCUGGACGAAAAUGAGGGCGGAUUCCAGGAUCUCGUUCGAAGGUUCGACCAUGACCAUCGUGGACAUCCAGCUUUCGGACACUGGCACGUACUCCUGCGUCGCAAGUAACGGCGUUGGACCGGGAAUCACGGCUACAUUCCGACUCCGCGUCAACGUGCCCGCGAGAUUCGAAGAGAAGUCGACCGUGGUGACGGCGAGACGGACCGAGGUGACCCGGAUGAAGUGCCAGGCCACGGGUGACCAGCCUCUCUCCAUCGCCUGGUCAAAGGGCAGCGUCAAGCUGGACAAGAGAACCAGCGCCCGGUACGAGGUGUUCGAAACCUUGACUCCCGACGGUCUCAUCUCGGAGCUUGUUAUCCGGGACACGGACCGCAGCGACGGCGCCCUCUACACCUGCCACGCGCAAAACAAGUACGGCAAGGACGACCGCAAGGUCAAGCUCAUCGUUCAAGAGGUCCCAGGUCCUCCACAGGAUGUGCGCCUAAAGGACGUCUGGAGCCGGUCGGCCAGCGUGUCCUGGUCGCCAUCGUACAGUGGCAACAGCCCCAUCUCAAAGUACAUUGUCCAGUACUGGCGAGACCACGGCACCGCGCACAGGUUGCACGAACUGGAGGUGAUCGGCUCGCUGACGUACACCAUGGUGCGCGACCUGCUUCCAGGCACCGCCUACGUCCUCAACCUCGUCGCCGAGAACGCCAUCGGCCGCGGCGAACCAUCAAGAACCGUCGUCUUCCACACCGGCGAAGAAGAGCCGGAAGCAGCUCCUGUCGAUAUCCUUGUGGAGAUGAAGGGGCCCUCGACUGUGUACAUAUCUUGGAAGGCACCACCGAGGGAGCACUGGAACGGUCACCUGCUGGGCUACUACAUCGGCUACCGGCCCAGGGACACGGAGUCGCAGUUCUCGUACCGGCGCGUGGAGGCAUCGGCGAACAACGCCAGCCACGAGUACCUGCUCGGAGGACUGCAGCGAGGCACCGAGUACACGCUCGUGCUCAAGGCGUACAACGGCGCCGGGUCCGGACCGGCCUCGCAGGAGAAGACUGUGCGCACCAUGGACGGAGAUGUCCCCGAAGCACCGAGGCUAUUCGUGACGGGAGUCACCGCCGACACCAUGACGCUCCGGUGGGUCACCAGGUCCAGCAGCGACGUUACCGGUUUCAACAUCCACUACCGGCAAGAAGGCGGCACGUGGCUGGAACUCCCGAUCGUGAACACGGCCAACAACACGUACACGCUGACCAACCUGCAUCCGGGUUACGUGUACCAAGUGUACGUGACAGCAUCCAACGUGCUUGGACGUGGGGAUCCAAGCGUCAUACUUCUGGUUAGGACAGAGAGAUCUGCGUCGGGACACGAAAGCUCAGCCAUAGAGAACAAGCAGGCGGAUGACGAGGUGCCCAUCUACAUGGACAUGGCGAUCAUUAUCCCGGCGGGCGCCAUCCUACUGGCCGUGCUCGUCAUACUCUUCAGCACGUGCAUCUGCAUCCGAAAGAUGAAGAGCACGCCCAGACCAGUACCUGAGAUAAUGAGGUACGACCCAGCUACUCUGAAUACUGGGACCAUGAUGUCUCAAAGGUACGUGGAGAUGGAGAAGAUGUCCGAGCAGGACGUCCCAUUCGCCACUCCCUACGAAGGAGGCACCAUGCGAAACGGGACUGAGCUGCGGGGAACACUCAAGGAACGCCAAGAGAUGAAGACCUACGUGCCCAAGAACCCGAUGAAGGACCGGCCGCUUCCUCAUCCGGAACACUCUCCGCUGCGGAUGGACGAAACUUACUACGACAGCGCGCAGUGAUCGUCUCCCCGACGCGACGACAAGGGACCCGAAAUAGACGCGGUCCCCUCCUGCUCGAACAAGCACGACAAACUGCGGGUCAGAGACGCGUGAUCAAGACGUCUCCCCGAAGUCGCCGUCAAUGAGCUCCGUGAUGACAAACGCCGGACCUCGACCUUCUUGGUGCGUGCAAGGAGGCGACAACGCGACCAGAGAUCGGGGCUACAGCCCGUGGUGGCGCUGGCCCUCGUGCUCAAGAGACGUGCAAGCUGAAUGGGCACGUCUAAUGUGUUUGUGUGUGUGUGCGUGUGUGCGUGCAUGCGGAGAAAACACAGCGUCGUCCCAGAGUGGCAAACUUAUCUUCGCCUCGUGUGGAACAGCGCGUGUGCUUCCGCUCUCAGUCCCUUCGCCGUAUGUCCUACAAAGUGGCACCUUGAAUGCUCCCCAUCUUCCCUCCCCCAUUUUUGGCACGGGAUCGGCGGUGUGCUGUGCCGCGUCUGGCAUGCGGUAUAUAGGUUGUCGAGGAAGUGUAGCAACUGGUACGCGAACAUUAACGGUUCAGUUACAAAUGGUAAAUUACUUGACCUUUAGGAAAGAUCAUGUUCCUACUUUGGCUGGGUAGAAACACUUCGUUCCGUACUGAUGUCCCAAGGUGUAAACGUGUAUCUGCUUCUAGAAUGAUGAUGCGGCGAUAUCAUUGACGGGCGGUUCACAAAUGUAUCCUUAUAUUGCUACUAAUUAGCUUUCACUGGACGUUGUGUCUCGUCUGCGAAGCAAAGAAUUACGCUGGAGCCAACGCUCUGGUAACAGAACUUUUCUAUGUCUGACAUGAUCUUCAGUGACUCAGCCAUCGUCCCGACAAAGAUUGAUCUCAUUGCCGGAACACUAUAUACAGUGCCAUUCCCUGUUCGAGUCGCUGCUGCUGCUCGCUUGAAGCUCCAAUAUUCCGGCAAAGGUCUCUCCUGAUCGUUUUCUAGCUACAUUGAUAUUUCAGACUAGCCGGAAAGUUAAUUUUAAUCUAAGAUCUGCAUACUACACUACGGUAGUUUGUUCAUUUGUAUUUGUUGUUUUUUACCUACAUUGGAGACAUCGUUUAGGACAUCGAGUAACUCACCUGUAACGGCCGUUAUUCUUGACAGCUAUUCCAUUAAUAACUGACCCCAGCAUCCUGUAUGACCACUCACCCAAAACAAACUCUUGGCGCUCAUUUGAUUCGCUAAUUGCCACAAAAUGUACUUAUCGCAAAUAAUUUAAGCCACGAAUGGCAGGGAGAGGCGAAAUGAAACUAAACCUAUCAAGAAGAACCAAAAUAGUCCUAAGGUGAAAGCAUCGAAGGCCACGGCCACGACGCAUCUAUGAAACUAGAGGCCCCGAUCUCGGGAUAUCAUUGCCCGCCCCCCACGACGCUCAAUGUACUGAACAACGACAGCGCUAACUCCUGUUCAAGGCUCAAUUUCGGGCAAAGCAGUAGACAAAGCCAUCUAACCGGAUGACGUUAGCUGAUGCCAAAUAUUAAUGCACCGAACUCAACAGCAAGUCAUCUUUUAGGAUAUGCGGCACAUGACCUGCAUAAGACGCCCAUUUCGGAUCCUAGUAUCACGUGCUCAGUCUAUAGGUCUAUAUUUGCACAUAGUUCUCAACGGGAGAACACAUUCGGCGAUGCCUAAGUCUUAUAGAUAACAUUUGUUUGACUCGGACCUCAAAUCCCAGCAAACGAAAAGAGCUCUCGUUUUGACCCUCUAUAGAACGGAAGAGAGGCCGAACAUUUUCAUGCCACUUCACUCUUUCAAAAUCAAAAAAAAAAAUAUUCCCCUAUAAGCUUGCACUAGCAAAUUGCAAUGUCUACUCAGCCCUUCGGCGCUCAAAUUUUUUAAGCAGGCCAAAAAGCUUCUUUCAUUUCAGCCACCUCGGUGCCGCCGUCUCGUGAAAAGACACCACCAAAAACCUCCUCACAGCGUUCCGAGACCCGCAAUAAUGCAGCUGUUAUCUAAAUUAGCUAAAGACGUUUAGGCGUGCCCCAUGAUGCUGCACCCUAUUACCAGCUUGGAAUUAUGUCGCACAGACCAAUGCUCAUACAUUCUUUCAGAUAUGCGAGAAAUCGCGAUGGCUUGCUCCAGCGGCACAUCGCAGAGAGAUGAGUGAGGCGCUGUAUAACAGUUGAUAGUUCACCGUUACUAGUCCUCACGCAGAAGGCCUAUCCGCCUAUGCGUGACUUGAGGACUGGACCUGAGGAGUGGUUAUGCGAGUUUUAUAAGCAGCGCAAACUUUGCUCUCGGAAUGACACGGAGCAUGCGCACACAACCAAACUCAACAUGAACUUUUUUUCCACGAAGCGAUGUUGGUUAGUGCACGCAAAGCUUAACCAACGCCUCCUCUAGAAAGAUGCCUGAGGAAUGGCUCGCGCUCCCGGCGGAGUUGGCCUGCCUUCAGUUUUAAACAAGCUCCGC